UGAUGGUAUUGGGGAGCGCAGGUGAGCCUCGUAGUAGGUGAUUAUAAACUCCCCAAAACCCUAACUCACCCGUUUUCACUUUUUCCUUAAACUCCCAAAAACCCUAAACGAAGCUCCUCCUCAUCUCCUCCUUAAACCACACCAUUUCUCUCGGACGAGAGCAAAGCUAAUUCUCUGUUUCAAAAAUGGUGGCUGACAAGGGUAAGAAACCCAAGAUCGCAGAGAAAAUCGUGGAAGAAAACGCCGAGCAAAUCGAUGGCGAACUUGUUCUAUCUAUCGAAAAGUUGCAGGAGGUCCAAGACGAACUUGAAAAGAUCAAUGAGGAGGCAAGUGAUAAAGUGUUGGAAGUGGAACAGAAAUACAAUGAAGUUCGGAAGCCAGUAUAUGAUAAACGGAGUGAAAUCAUCAAAUCAAUUCCUGAUUUUUGGCUGACUGCUUUCUUGAGUCAUCCUGUUCUUUCUGAUCUUCUGUGUGAAGAAGACCAAAAGAUCUUCAAGCAUCUAACUUCUCUGGAAGUGGAAGAUUGCAAAGAUGUGAAGUUGGGCUACUCAAUCUCAUUUAACUUCAGUCCCAAUCCAUACUUUGAAGACACAAAACUCACCAAGACAUUUACCUUUCUUGAUGAGGGUACAACAAAGAUUACAGCUACCUCCAUAAAGUGGAAAGAGGGCAUGGGACUUCCUAAUGGGGCUGCCCCUGAGAAGAAAGGAAACAAACGGGCCCACGAGGAAGAAAGCUUCUUUUCCUGGUUCAGUGGAACUCAACUGAAAGAUGGAGAGGAAGAGAUCCAUGAUGAAGUUGCUGAGAUCAUUAGGGAGGAUUUGUGGACUAAUCCCCUUACGUAUUUCAAUAAUGAUGCUGAUGAAGAAGAGUUGGAAGGCGAUGAAGGUGACGAAGAGGAAAAUGGGAGCGAUGAAUCUGAAGAUGAGGGUGAAGAAGAAGAAGAUGAGGUGUACGCAACGCUUCAUGCUGAUCUAACAACUUAUACAUUUAAGCUCAUUAAUGAAGUUAGACACUAG